AAAAAAUCCUCAUCAUCAUAAAGACAUAAAACAAGGACAAAUCACAAAAAGAGCUUUUGUUUCUUUUAUCACACUAAGCCAUCAAAUAUCAUUAUUACAAUUUCAAACACCAAAGACUCACUCGUGAACCAUGAGCUGGAUUCGUAGACUCGAUCUCAUCGAACCGUACCACACCUGUUAUCCUCCUCUCAUCGUCCGAGAAACCUCCUUUCUCGAGCCUCCAACAUGGUUUGAUGAAGACGAUGUCGAAGAUCUCCCUUUCCCUUCCCCACUCGAUCUAUUCGAAACCGUGACGGAUCUGGUCAAAAUCGAGAAAUCUCCGUCCUCCUGCAAGUACAAGGUGAUUCGCCGCAAGGUGGAGCCGGAGUACCCUCUCCUGUACCUCUGCGACAGAGUUUCCGAGCUUGAAACUAAGUUCGAGAGAUUGGUCGGUGGUCCCAAGGGUGGUUCCGACAGGAAGUACAAGGUGACUAAGGAGAUCAAGGGGACUGGUGAGAGGAAGUAUAGAUGGGAGGCGGAGAUUGGAGGGGUAGUUGGGAGGAAGUACAAGAUGGAAGCUGAGUUUGAAGGUGGGGAGAGGAAGUACACGUGGACGACUGAGAUUAAAGGCGGGAAAAAAGAUGAUGUUGCUUUGAAGAAGGCGAAGGCUAAAGCUAAGGCUGAUGCUGAGGCUGAUGAGGAGGAGAAGAAGAAGAAGGAGAUGGUGAAAAAGAAGAAGAAGAGUUAUAAUUGGACGACGGAGUUGAAGUCAGAGAGGGAGAAUGGAGAGAUGCAGCACACUUACACGAUCAAAGCUUCCACUGGAGGUGAGAAGGAGAAGGAUAAGGAGAAGAAGGUGAAGAAGAUCAAGAAGAAGGAGAAGCCACGUGUUGUGGAGAUUGAGGAGGAGGAUGAAGAAGAAGAAGAUGAGUCUGAAGAACAUGGAGCUAUCCUUCUCAGGAAGGCGUAUGCCAGAAGAAGUGGAGCAGUUAGGACCAAGAAGGGGAAAAACAAAGAAAUGCCACCUGAAUACGCUGCUGUGAUGAUCCAGAGAGCUUUCAGAGCUUACCUGAUUCGCCGCUCAAAGGCAUUACGUGCUCUUCGUGAUCUAGCUAUCGCAAAGACCAAACUUAAGGAGCUAAGAGCUUCCUUCCACAACUUCAACUACCGUCGUGUGAUCUCUCGUGAUGCAGAGGAGCGCCAGAAGUUCUCUGAGAAGAUCAUUGUCCUCCUCCUCACUGUUGAUGCCAUUGAGGGAGUUGAUGUAAUGGUUAGAGGAGCAAAGAGAUCAAUGGUGGAUGAGCUUGAAGCAAUGUUGGAGGUUGUAGACCCGCAGCCUCAGGGGAAGUCAUUGUCGAUGAGGAGAAGAACAUUUGAUAUGCCAGACAGUAUGAUCCGCAACGAAAUUGCGGAGGGAGUGACUCAGAUUGUGCAGAUGCUUGAAACUGAAGAAGAGUGAUGGAAACUAUGUGUGUACGUGAGUGAUUCAGAGGCUGUUUUGUUGUUUCUUUGAAUAAUAAUUAAUUAGCCUCUUUUGUUUUGCUUAGUGUCUUCUUGAGAAUGUUUCUAAUUAUGGUGAGAGAAAAAAAAUAAUGGGAGUGUGUCUGUGUUUAUCAGUAGGGGUGGGCACAAGCCAAGUACUUGCCCUUUUGGAUGUACUUGAUACUUGGCUUGGCUUGUUCGAAUAAUAAAAUUUUGGACUUGUAUUUGGUUUAUUAUAAACGAGUACUUGCACUUUCAAAUACUUGGUAAAA